UCAGGGUUUUCACUCUUAAGAAGGCCUUAGACCUUGCAGAAACGUAUAGCUUUGUGGAAGGGUUUAAGAGUGGAAAAAGAAGAAAGCCAAGAAAAGAAAGGGUUUUAGGAGUGGCCAGAAUUUUCAAAGAAUUACAAAUUAUAAGGGAAUCAAGGGUUUUAGCGAUGGGAUCCUCUUUCGGAGAAUUAUAAGGUGGAAAUCUGCAUCUCCAUGAACCUGAGAAGCGCCAUCCACUAUGGUUUCUCCUCCAUCGUCCCAAAAUUCCUCCACCACCACCACCUCCAAUGUCGAGGCAUCGUCAGGGUUCGUCUCAAAUGGGUGAAGAACCGAAGCCUCGACCAUAUCAUCGACACCGAGACCGACCUCAAAGCCGUAUGCCUCCUCAAAGACGCCAUCAAACGCUCCUCCAGCGGCUUCCUCGCUUCAAACUCCGUCGCCAACUGGCAGAAGCUUCUGGGUCUCACCGUCCCUGUUCUUCGCUUCAUGCGCAGGUACCCAACUCUCUUUCACGAAUUCCCUCACCCCAAAUACCCUAGUCUUCCAUGUUUUCGCCUCACUGACACUGCACUGAUGCUUCACUCACAAGAAGAGAGCAUACAUCAGACCCACGAGGCUGACACCGUUGAGAGGCUUUGUAAGGUUCUUAUGAUGAUGAAAACUAGUAUGGUUCCCUUGCAAUCGCUUUCCCCUUUGAAAUGGGAUCUGGGUUUGCCUGAUGAUUAUCAUAGAACCUUAAUCCCCAAAUACCCAGAUCAUUUCCGGGUAAUCAAGGCCUCGAAUGGGGUUCCCUGUCUGAGACUUGGUGAAUGGCGUGAGGAAUUUGCGGUUUCAGCUUUGCAGAAAAGCCAUGAGAGAGGUGAAUUGGAUGGGGGUGAAUAUAGGGAGUUUAAGAGGGGAAAAUCCGCAUUGGCAUUCCCAAUGAGUUUUCCGCGGGGUUAUGGGGCACAGAAGAAGGUGAAGGCUUGGAUGGAGGAGUUUCAGAAGUUGCCUUACAUUUCACCAUAUGAGGAUUCCAGGCUGAUUGAUCCAAACAGCGAACUAAUGGAGAAAAGAGUUGUUGGGGUUUUGCAUGAGUUUCUCAGCUUAACCAUUCACAAGAAGACCAAGAGGAACUAUUUGAGAAGCUUGAGGGAGGAGUUGAAUCUUCCCCAUAAGUUUACACGAAUUUUUACGAGGUACCCUGGGAUCUUUUAUCUCUCCUUGAAGUGUAAAACAACAACAGUAGCGAUUAGAGAAGGGUACAGGCGGGGUAAGUUAGCAAGCCCGCAUCCCCUUGCUCGCAUUAGGGAAAAGUAUAAUUAUGUGAUGAGAACAGGUGUUCUUUAUCGGGGCAAAGGAACCAAUAUGAUGCCUCAGGAAGAUGUUUUGCUUGAUGAUGGAGAGGAUACAACAGAACAAGAAGAAUCUGUUGAAGAAGACCCUGACAUUGAUGAUGAAUGCAAUAAGGAGGACACCUCAGAGGAGGACCUGGACUCUGAUGAGGACUAAUGUUCUUAUCCAACAAAAGUGGAGAAGAAACAAUUGUCAUCAUUACUUGAGGUGAGAAAAUUUCACAAGGACCCUUGGAUUUACAUAUUGGUCUUCUAUCUGAAUAAGUUGUGUAGGAUAGGUUUCAUGCCUUUCCAUUGAUUCCAUCUUGUGUUUUUUUUAAAUUGUUUGCUAGUAAGAAUAGGAUGAGAUUCUAAGAGAUGCCCCUUGCAAAUUCCAAAAUCAAAUCUUCCAAAUCAUCAUACAGAAGUUUUCUUUGUAUCAAUAUGCAUUUUCUUUUUCAUUCUGUAUGGGAAAUUCUUGGUUAAGCUACAUUCCUCUCAUUAGAUAAAUAGAAAAAUCAAGUUGUAGCCCUGCUUAUAUUGCUGUUGGAUUUGCUCGAUUCAUUUUCUUAUAUACAUUCAAUAAAAGGUUUCUAUUCUCUCCCUUCUAGUAUCUGGUGGCACUUUCAUUCAUUUUUCGCAUUGCUCUAGGAGCUGGCCUCAGAAGUUAUUCAUGCCCCAUUGCUGUAUGCCUGUUUUGCUUCUUCCAUAUGGUAUGGUUUAAUUUUCUGUAUUCUGCUAAACCAACUUAGAGCAACCGAGAAGGCUUUUAAGUCAGUACCCUUGGUAGAAAUGGCUUCCAUCUAUUAUAUUAGAAAUUGCCAGUGUCAAACCUUGCCAUCGCCAACUUCUCUAUUGCUUUGUUUGGGAUGUUCGACCUGGUUUGAAACUAAAGAUCGAUUCCAAUGUCCUCUUUUAUUCCAGUGUUGAUCCUGAGUUCAACAUGUAGUCAUCCAUUUAGCUCCAGUUUAUUGUAAGUUACAUUCAAAGGCAAGGACUGAAAACAGGUAGGCAGGCAUGCUUGCUUUGCUGAUUUAGCAUUUCCUAUUUCAGGUGCAGUUAUAUUUGUAGUGAUAUAUGGGUUUGUGCUCCUCUUUUUGGUGCUCAUAGUACAAAAUUUUACUUAUCAAAAAUUGACAAAAAAAAAUAAAAAUGGAAGUGUUAUAUCUCACAUGUGACCAGAGGAUUCUUCAUUCUUCUGUGUGGUGCAAUUCGAUAUUGGUGAUCAAACAACAGAGAUCCUUGGUGCUGCUCUUAGAAGCAAUUAAGCUAAUGUUAGAUUGGGUACUGAGAUUCUCGCGGGCAAGGAAAAGAGUUUAUCGAGUUGAGUUUACUAGCUUUUAUCGGAAUAUAAUUCCCCAUAAAAAAGCCCAUGACCAGAUCAACAACAUGGACCAAUCCUUUUUUCUAUGUUUUUGAUAUAUAUAUAUUAUUAUUUUUUUCUUUUUUCUUUUUUGUCAUUACAAUCACUAAGAAGAGUUAAGUUAUAAGAAUAGAUCCUUGAUGCAGAAAAAGUAGGAAACACCAUAGUAUUUGCUUGAUUUACUUUAUUGUUGCUGCUUAAGCUGAUUGUAGUUGGAUCACACAGAUCAGAUGCUGAAAGACUUAUUCUUCAAAAAGAUUUUUUGACUGGGCUAAGGGUACACCAAGAGUUUGACCACACCCUGACGGAUUACACUUGGGGUUUGGGAUUGUUUUUGGGUUUGUUUUUUCUUUCUCCCUCUCUAUAUAUAUUUUGUAAUCCCUAGGUUGUGCCCCCUACUUUUGCCAUGGGCUCUUCUUUCAUUUGCCUA